UGAGACCAGGCCUGGGACAGCAGCUUGGCACCUCCAGCACAUCUUCCAGUGCCCCUGGCUCGCCUUCAUCAUUCAGGACACCAGGGCUCCGGAGGCAAGGGGGCAGCACCGGUUGCCACUACCCUGCGGCCACCUGUGCGCUCAGGCGAGAGGCCUGCCCACCCCUCACUCUGGCUGCCUUCGAGUGCCUGGCUAGGAGCCAUACCAGCAGCUUUUGGGAGCUGCUGCGGCAAUUCUGGGCCGAUCAUUUCUCGCGGCGCUUCUCACCACGGCGGCCGCCGCUGCGCCACAUCUCCUCCAUGUCCACCUUCUAUCUGUUGGACCACCGGACGCGCCAGGCUGAGCUGGGCCUCAGCUACGGUGAGCCGCGCACACGCCUCAACAACCAGGCCUUCGUGUUCCGCAGCGGCCGGUGGAGAGCGGAGGGCCAGCAGCCGCGGUCACGGCCGCCGAAGUCCUCGCCAACCAUCUCAGGCUGGAAACCACAGGUACAGCGAGUCAAAACCCAGAUGCUUUUGGAGGAGAACAACUACCUGAAGCUGCAGCAAGAACUACUCAUGGACAUGCUGACUGAGACCACGGCGCGCAUGCACCUGCUGGAAAAGCUCAACCCCGAGAACAGUCAGGCGCGCGCCUGGCAGAGGAAGAUGCGCAAGCGUGAAGCCGCCGGCGGCGUGCUCAUGAUCGAACCGCGCGCUUCGGAGUCGCGAUGAUGCAAUAAAACUCCGAGCCGCGCACGCGCGCCUGGCCCCUCGCCUUUAA